AUGAAGUCUCUGAGGUUUGCAAGUGCAGAAGCCCUGGUGUCCAAUGCCCAGGUGGCCAGGGAGAGUCUGCGAAAUGUGGCGUAUAACCUCUACCCCCUCCUCUUUAAAGCCAGCUAUUUGCUGGAACAAGGAGAAGUGAUCCACGACCUGUUGGAAAACUGGCCACUAGCAGAAUUCAACCUCGGAAACCUGUUGGGGCCAACGGCAGAUUACCCAGAAGACCUCAGCACUCGGGCCUGCAAGAUCUGCCUGGAAGCCUGUCUGGUGGGGCUCAAAGACUAUGUGCUGAAUGACUCCCCGACUUACACCAAGAGGCUGAGAACAGCCAAUCUCACCGGCAUCCAGGAUGUGGAGGUCCAGCUGUGCAAAUGUCAGAGGUCUCUGGGGAGGUGGGGCCGGACCGGCCUCCUAGCCAGACUCUGCUUUGAUCUGCUGGUAGAGCUGCAGAGGCGACCAUUCAACCCGAGCAUCUUGGACAUCAGCAUCGACGUCUUCAUCAACUUCUUUGUCACAGAGGGCAACUAUGAGUGUGCGCUGCAGGCCCUGAUGGUGAGACGCCACUCCCCUCUGAAGGUGCGCUGCGUGGCCUUCCGGGCUGACAGCCUGGGCCUGAAGAAGCUCUUCUAUAUGCUGCGCCUGGUGGAGCCCGACUCUCUGGAGAAGCUGGAGAUGGUCCAUAACGUGCACAUGGAGAUGGAGCACCUACAGGUGUUACUCAGCCACUUGGACUUCCCCCGGCUGGUCUCGCUCACAUUGCCCGCGAGAGCCUUCAACGUGCGCCGGCUCCAGGGAGAAGAUGAAUCGAUCCUCACCGCCAUUGGGGAGAAGCUGAGCCGGAUGUCCCAGCUCAGGGAGCUCAGCCUGGCCUUUUCCAUACUGACGGGGAGAACUCGGAAGCUGCUCAGUCCCUUGAAAACUCCCCUGAAAACUCUGGACCUAUCUAACUGCUCCCUGAACUAUGCAGAUAUGGCCUACUUAGCAAAUUGCCUCCAUGCCCCCCAUCUGGAGGUGCUCGACCUCAGUGGACACAAUGUGGUCAACCUGUACCCAUCAACCUUCUUCAAACUGCUCAGCCAAGCCUCCUGUACCCUGAAGGUCCUGAUCUUGGAAGAAUGCAACAUUGAGGACAGAAACCUUACCAUGAUGAUUGUGGGUUUGACCCCCUGCCGGAAACUGCAAGUCUUCAAAUUUCUUGGGAACCCACUUUCCUCCCAAGCACUGAAAUGCCUCUUCAAUGUUUUCUGUCAACUCCCCAAGAUGAAAUCCAUUGAAUUCCCAGUGCCAAGGGACUGCUAUCCAGAUGGCGUCAACUAUCCAUUGGAUGAUGCCACCCUCUCCAAAUUUGAUCACCAGAAAUAUGAGAAGAUUACAGAAGAACUUCAUACAAUCCUACUUCAGGCCAAUCGGGAAGACAUCAAGGCUUCCACACCUCUCUUUGGAAGCUAUGACCCAGACAUUCAAGAAACAAGCAAUGAGCUUGGAGCCUUCUUGCUUCAAUCUUUCAGAGAUGCCCUAGAAAACUUUACCACAGCACUAAAAAAAAUGAAUUAAGUGCCUUAAAAGAAGUCCAUGCAACUACAUCACAGUGAGAUGCUUU